AUGCCUCGCAAGCCUAAGGGACGACAAUCAAUACGAGUCCAGACCUUUCCUGACACCGACCAUGGCGAAUCCUCUGAGGACACACGCAGCAUGGCAUCAGCGGCAAUGGACUAUUGGCAACCUCCCAAUAACCUAAUCACGGUCACAGGAGCGAGGGAUGAGGACGGAACGCCCACGCCGUCCGUACCGCUUGAGCAACCAUUAGCAAUGAAUUGGCUACCAUUCGAUGAUUCUCUCACCGACUAUCCACUACUGAGUGGACUUGACCUUACACCACCAAUGUAUUUGACAGAGGCUUCAGCGGUGCCGCUAGGAGAAGGGCGCGGCCAGACUGCAUCAUCACAACAUCAUUCGGAGCGUCUGAGUGCAGAUAACAACUUCACAUCGCACCAUAAUCAUCUCUCUGAUUUGAUCCAAUCCAUGGGUGGUAUCCAGCAGCGAUGGACUGAGAACAAUGACUCGUAUGCCUUGGAAGCUACUUCGUCCUUAGACAGACUUAACAAUCUUUACUCCAACGGAGCUGGAUUCAGGUCAAGUCAAGCUGAUCGCUGCUUCCGACGUCGCCAUGUAGCUAACACAGUCGAGACAUCGCCAACUGCUGAAGACGGACAGGAGUCAUGGCUUAUAACCCUCUCUAUAAAGGCUGAGGAGAAUGAGCGCGACCCUGAUUCUCGCUUCAUCAUACCAGAGGACAUAUUCCAGGAGAUUCUUUUGAGGCUGUACCCCCAGCCAGGGAGUGAAGCACUUUCGGAUUCGUUUCUUAAUUACAAAUCUUUACUGCUCAACAAGUCAUCAUUGAGCCUGUUUGUGAAGUCCUACUUCGAGUCUUUUCAUGAGAUCUAUUCGUUCAUCGACUGGUCUUUUCUUUCUAUGCCUGUAUGGGGCUGGAGUCUGACUCUGGCCGUGGCUGCCACUGGUGCUCGGUACCUUGGCCUAACACCGCUCACUCAACUAAGCGAAGAGCUCUGCCAUGCACUCCACAACUUGCUUCUAGGCGAGCUACACUUCCAAAAGGCUCAAGAUUCACUGCCAUAUCUACAGGCGCGGGCCUUGGCGGCUUCUGGUAUGUGCCAGAGCCAACAACCUGACGUCCUUAGAGCUGGCAUCGCCGCGUGGGCUCUUGUUACGAAUUCCUGCCAGCAGCUACGUAUUUUGAGCGAGGAUGACCACAUUGGGGCCUACGAAGAGGGACAAAACCUGGAUAGGACCUGGAUAGCGUGGCGAUUUCGGGAAACACGUCGAAGGACUGGAUUCUUCAUAUGGCUCACUGAUUGUUACCUCGCCUUUAUGUCUGAGAACCAACCAACCCUACCCCCUCAUGCGUUAAAGCUACGAAUACCCUGCUGCGAAAGACUGUGGCAGGCCGAAACCGUUCAGAAGUGGUGCCUUCGAAACUCCCAGUCGAUCAAGGAGAACUCUGGAGUCGCAAUGAUCAGUGAGGAAGUAUCACGAGACAUGGCAGUUGAUCUGACGCAAAGGCUAUGGCGCGGCGAACCCCCGCCGUCUGGAGCGCCCUUCUUUGCCACCCUUAUUCUCCUUUUUGGCUUGCUACGCAAGCGCUGGACUAUGGUUAAUUACAUCACGGACUUGUUUCCUUUGACUGGCCAAAAGUCGCAGUAUUGCGGCGCUAUUCCUGAGUAUAUGCGGUGGCGCAAUCAGAUCUGUGAUUCACUAGACCUUUUACAUUGGGAGGCUUUGAGCGCCUCGAUCAAGGCUGGCGGCCUGGAAGGCCCGAUCUUUCUUCAUCUACAUUUGGCAAGGCUUGUGAUCCUGGCCCCAGUGCGAGAGCUACUUGAACAUGUCACAGAAGUCACACAAGCAUCCAAGGCGCAACUGCUCCCGCACACAUUGUAUUGCUAUCCAAGGAACGAGGCAUCCUGGCGCAGAACUAUGCUUACCUGGUUCUGUCAAGAUCGCUACAAAGCUCGACUGGCCAUUAUACACGCCGGGGCCGUAUUUUGGCAUACUAGACGAUACUGCUCUGGAUCAUUUGCGGAUCCUUAUACAAUCUUCCUUGCUUCUUUAGUUCUCUGGACAUUUGGGACUGCCUCGGAGAUGGUUAAUUCCAAUUCUCAGCUCAACAUGUCGGGAGAGCUCGAAUUUCGGCAACACGUCUUGCCAGGAGGGUUAGAGGGCUCGAGCUCGCAACAGCAAGAUGCAGGCAACAGAAGGCGAAUGCCCCGUAUAAUUCAGGUUGAUCGCCCCAUGGACGAUGAACUUGUACAGCACUUUAUUCGAUCGGGUGAAGGGAUGCGCGUUCAUCUCGAGGGUAUAGACGACUUGUGCUCCCCGGAAGGGUCGCUGCAGAUCUUGCACGAAGGUGCAACGAUACUUUUGCAAGCGCCAAAAGUUUGGUCUCUAUCUGGAGCGUACGCUUCUGUUCUCAAGUCACUUACUGCAAUAGCCCCUGGAUAA